UCCCCUGAAUGGACUCUCUUCCUCUGUCGGGGGGCGGGGAUAAAAACUGCAAGACAGCCAAGGAUUGCAAAACUUUUGUCUGAAAGCUCGGCGCAAGAAAACAACAUCAGCUUUUCUCACUAGGCAGGGGAGAAGACGAAGGCGCCCUGUGGUCAUGGCAGAUGAGGAAGUAGCUGUGGAGGAAAGCGCGAGCCCAGCUCAGAGCCCAUUGGUUGCAGUCACGUUUCAGAGAAAUGCCAAGAGGAAGGAGAAAUAUUUGGAAGCUGAGCCUAAAGCUCUCGGGAUAACUCAGAUCUGCCUGAGUGUGUAUAACAUCAUCGGCAUCGGUGUGUUUCAGGCUAAACAUCUGGGAAUUUCUGAAUUAAACAUACCGCUGUUAAUCUCCUCUCUGCUGAUACUAAUAGCUGGAAAUGUGGCAGUCGCAGCAAAGAACCUCCAUCUUCCAAAACUCAGAGCCUGUUUGGGAAUGCAGAUCGUUUCAUGUGCCGCAUCAGUACUAAACGUAAUCCUCAUCUUCGUACAAAUGGGAGCACUGUCCUACAGAUGCUGGUAUUCCUCUUAUGACCACAACAGUACAUUAACUCAUGAGGAAAUCUGUCGUCAGAUUGAGACCAUCCAAAACCACUUUUUUGGUGGAGGAGCACUUAUCCAGGCUACUCUGCUGGCCAUCUCUGCCACUCUGGCUGCCUACUGCUGCAAGGUGGUCAACUGUUGUGCGCCAGCUCCCAAAAUGCCAGUGAUUACCAUCCACUCACCACCUGUCCAGCAAAGAGAAGACUGACUGGAAUAUGUGCAGCCCUAAACAAUUACUAACAAGUUAAAGCUCAAGAAAUCCACCUUUUUAUACCAACAAUAUUUUUUAGUAUUUUGUUUUAUGUCAAAUACAUUAUGUAAAUGAAUAUAUUGUUUAGUUAUUCCCCACAUACACCUCUCAUUGCUCUCCUUAGCUGUUUUCAAUGUACAAUAUUAUAGAAAGUUUGCAGCUUCAUUUUAACAUCAAAGUUGUUUUAAAGUAAUCAGAUGGAAUGCAACUAGCUCAUUAGUGGUAAGAUUUUUAGACUUUAGACUUACUUUAUUAGGUCCUCGAAAGGGAAAUUAGUUUGUAACAGGUGGUAGUAGCAACCAUCACGCAAGCAAGUACACAAUUGACAAGACAGGAAGGUAACAGGAAACUUAAAUAAAUACAUUAUAAGCCAACACUGAAGUUAAAAUGCAGUUUGAUAGCGACUUUAAGUCAGGACAUUUAUAUCUGCAGUUUGUUUGAAAAGCCAAUUCCUUUAAGGAUAAAAAAGUUAUUUAGGCUAUUUGUUCUACACGUUGGUACGGCAGACCUCCUACCUGAAGGGAGGGGCUUAAAUUCUGUGCGUAGGAGAUGUUGGGGUCCUCCAAGAUUUUUUGUAUUUUGGUUACUAAUCUGAACUUGAAUUGAAUCUUAAUGAUGUUUCCAUUCUUGAUAAUACUUUGUAAGCGGUUAUGUUUUUUUAGAUUCAGCAAACCAAACCAGCAAAGAUAGGAUAAAGGGAGCAUGGAUUCAAUAAAGCAUCUGUAAAACAUUUUCAUAAAGACAUAAUCAAGGUUCAAGCUCUUUAAUUUUUGGAAAAGGGGCCUCAUUUGGUGGACUUUUCUGAAAACUGCAUCAGCCUGGGACCCUAAUGUCAGUUUAUUGCCCAUCGUUGUGCCCAGGUACUUCUUGCACUUCUUGCAGGUAUUCUUGCACCCUUCCACUAGCUUUCCAUCUAUAACAACAGCAAGGAGAGGGGCAUAAGCCUUACGAAAGUCUACGCACAUUCAUUUGUUUUUUUUUUACACGUUAAGGACCAAAGAAUCCUGUAGGACAGGGCCGUGGCCAGUCAGGGUGUCACUGUUCAACAGGGACACGAUGACACAUUGUUCUUCACAUAUUUCUGUAAAGAACAAACAACAAUGGAGAUAAAAUGCAACCCUGAGGGGCACCUUUAGAGAAGAGGUCUUCAACAUAGGGGUUGCAACUCCGGUUGCGAGAAUUAUUCCCAGACCCUGCCCUGCUACUCAAUCCCCAGGCUUGUAAACCCACUCUGUUCUGUGGUUAUAUGGAAAGUAAGAUAACGGGUGGCAGAAAAAGAAUAAUCUAUUCUUAUUCACAUUUUGAGUUAUUUGAAGGAUUAAAUGUGUAUUUAGUACAUUUUUUAUAUAUCAUACAUUGUUAGCUUUCAGUUGAUUAAAUGUAUAUAAUCCACUUUUUUUACAUUAUACACUGUUAGCUAAAGUCGUCAUUUUUACAUGUCUCACUUUAUCAGAUGUUUUUGUAUGCAUUUAUUAGCUGGUAAAGAUGUAAACUUUAGUUGCUUACCUUAAGUCCGCAUGUAAAGGAUGGAGUAACAUCUUCUGCAACUGGCACAAGGAAUAUUGUGUUCUGGUUCAAACCCUGACUGAUCAUGGUUGAUUCUUGAUGUAUUCAUUCUUCCUUCCUUCUUUUCAUGGUAGCUGUGCCAAAAUGCCAAUUUUAUGAUCUUUCAGCAACUUUCCUGUCAUGUUUGCCUUAAAACAUGCCGCUCCAUCAUGCAGAUCAUCUCCAAAAUUUCUCUGGAUAUUUUGCUCUUUUC